ACGUAACCGUGUAGCCACGCUGCGGUCCAAACAACUUUUCUCGAGGAGUUCCACAUCACAUCGCGUCUAGGAGACGUACGUCCAAGUGUCGAGAUUUAGUUGUACAAAGUAUCAGCAAACAGCAGUGAAAACGUGACGAGGAAUUCGCUGAACGACAUCACUUUUCCUUUCAGUGUAUACAGUCAAUCUAUUUUCUCAUUAAAUCUGUAUUUUUCCUCACAACUGACGUUUCUUUUUGGACGUUAAGAUGCGGAGUCUGUGGCUGUUUUUCCUCGUCGGGCUGGCGACUGGUUUUAUCAGCGAAAAAAUCCUUGUCUCCUCUCAGACAUCCUUUCCCAUGUCAGAUGACAUGUACCUAGAGGGCCAUACAUCAGGUGGCGUCCCCAUAGAUGAUGAAGAUGGCCAAGAUGACGACUCUGACUCUGGAUCUGGAUCUGGAGACUUUGAUGAAGAGAUACUCAGGAGGUCCUCCAACAUCACAUUCCUUGAAGACAUGGUUCCAGUUCAACCACAGACCACACCAGGCUCACCUUACAACCCACCAACCACUGCAGCCGACAGACAGGAUCAAACAACCAUAGUGAAGACAACGCCAUACCUCGUCCCUGAUGGGGACAAUGGGAAUGAGGAGAUGCUGGAUAUUGGCCCGACAGCUGACUUAUUCACAGAGAGUACCACCCUCAGCUCCACCAGUGCCACCAGUGUAACCAAAGAGUCUGAUGAGGACAACAGUCUGGAGAGGUGGAAUGUCUCGACACCCAAGGAUAGUGGAGAUGAAAGUUUGACCAAAGAGCCUGAUAAUGAAAUUGUACUCAAAGAUGACCGAGGUGGCAGACUGUAUAACAUGGACUCUCCUGAAGAGGUGACCUCUGAGAAUAUAUGGGAGAGGACCGAGGUCCUGGCAGUGAUAGCAUGCGGAGUGUUUGGAUUCCUCUCUGCUGUUUUCCUCCUGAUCCUCCUCACCUACCGCAUGAAGAAGAAGGAUGAAGGGAGCUAUGCCCUGGGAGACACCAAACUUUCCACAACAGCCUAUCACAAAGCACCUACCAAGGAGUUCUAUGCCUGAACUGACCAAUGUUGACUUAACUGGACUCCGUCACCUGUCAAUCAGGACUGAGAACAGAUCUGGAAACAGCUGAAGAUGAUUCUUCUUGUUGAAGUUUGAAGUCAUGCACCUGUGUUGUUCUUCAGUGCUCUUUAAUUUCUUUUUUUCCUUCAUCUUUCCUACAUUCCUCAUUUGCCAUCCUUUCUCCAUGUAAUGCUCAGUUUUUGUGAUGAAGAGGUCAUAAGAGAACAAAUAAGACUGUUAAAAUACAUUAUCAUUCUGUGCUACACUUAAGAGCUAGACAUUAAAUACACAGCCUAAAUUUUAAGAAAGGAAUCUUUGAUAUAUUAUCUAGGAGAGCAGUUCACUUCAGAGCAUUGGUAACACUGUGGCUUUAAAGCCAUAUGACGUCUUUAAGAUGAACCACAUUGGGCUGAACCUGCUUCUGUGUUACAGACAAAUUGAUUGUCCCAUUAAGCAGAGCUAAAGCUGAACUGUCCCAGCUCAGGGAAACAACAUGAGGAAGUAAAUAAAUGAAUAGCCUUGGUGUGCUUUGAAUGCUGUUAAAUGAUACUGUACCAGAAAUGGGAUUAGUAUCACUAAGAACCUUCAAAUGUUGAUUGCUUUAUCCCUUUAUUUGAGGUCAAAUUUGCUCUGUUUGCUGCAUUAUAUUUCAUUUUCUGUAUGCUUUGAAUUGAUUUUUUUUUUCAUUGUUUUGAAAAAUGAAUAUAUUUAUUCAUAUGCUGCCCAGUAUUGGAAUGAGAGAUUUUGUUACUUUGCAGGUACAGUACCAGUCCAGAGUUUGGGCACAGUCCCAUUGCAUGGUGGUUAAGGCUGUCCACACUUUUUGACUUGUUGUUUUCCCACAGGUGUUUGACACUUAAAAGAACUGACCAAAUAUAAAUGUGCAUUUUUUGACCUUUGGACAAUUAUCCAUAGUAGCUUUUCUAUGUGUUUUCUUGUUUAGAGAUUAUAGUAGUUUCCAUAAGCCAUUUUAAACCAGGACUUCUGUCUUUUCAUUGUAUUCAUACUGUGGUUGAAGUCCCUCAUCGUUGCAUCUCUGCAACAUUAAUAAUAUUUACAAAGCUGUUGUAUUUGGUAAAUGGGUGCAGCGAGCAAGUGGAACAGCAUUGCUAAGGUAGAGCCAAGGUUAACGGCUAUAAUUCAGAAACUGCGGGAGUGACCUGUGUUGUGUAAUGAAAGCCAAAGUGCAUUCCUUUCUUGCUGUCAGCUGCCUAAAGCUGUCAUGGCAUGGUUUGAAGUUAAAGGGACAGGGACAGUUUCUUGGAGUUCUGUAGCAAGGUUGGAAAGGUAAAUUGCAGUUAGUUACUGAGAUGAGACUUUAUUGGUUACAGUGCUACUCUGAGUGUGAGCAUGUCAGGUUUGAAAUGCAUUUCCUAAUUCUCAGCCUAUACCUCAGCAAACCAAAGGACUAUGGGUUUUUUUAGACUUACAACAGCUUAACGACAAGAUGUUGUUCCCUUUGAUAGUGCAGCAUUUUUCUUGUGCACACCCAGUCUAAUAUAUACUGUAUUUCAGCAAACCUAUUGGGAAUCUGCCCUUUGUAUAGACUGAUGAAUUAUAACCAGCUACCUACUGCUUAUUCUGUAUCCAUAAAGAAUGCUUUUCACAUCAGCUUCUUAUUGAAAUGAGAAAGUUGUCUUGAACCACUAUUGGUGUCCAGUGAAAUGUUUGUUUAAAACCAUCUUUGGUUAAGACUGGGAUUAGUGGUUGAUACAAGUGGGGUUGAGUGGUUAAACUAUGAGUAGACCUACCCACUAUCUACACAUUCUCUUCAAAAUUACAGUGAUUUCACCAUUUUAUUUCUGUUGCUUUUCAUAUAGGAUUGUAAUAGUGUUUUUUGUUAGUUUUACUUUGAAGUGUCAAAGGCCCCUGCCUGUUGCAUUAUAGUCUGGGCCUGUUAACAGUUUGAGUUCUUUCAUAAGGCAAACUAAUUUUGUGUAAGUUUGUGUGUGAGGUUUUAUUUAUCAGAUACUUCGUAGCAUUUACAUGAUAUAAUUUCCUUUACCAUAAUAAAACUAACAGUUCUAGGCUAAGGGCAAACUACUAUGACUGAAAUAAAGAAGAACCUGAUCACUUACCCACUGUGACUUGCCACUGACAGCAUGACAUCUGUUGGGCACUUGAAUCUUCACUGUGUCACAAUUCAUCAUCUAGAUUUAUUGCAACAUUAGUGUCAUGUUUUGACCUUUAAGCUGUACUGAACCACAUCUAAUAGUUUUGGAGUAGAGUCUGUGUGUGUAGGAAUAGCUGCCAUCUCUGUUGGUAUCAGCAACACAUAGAGGGUUACAACAUUUGGGUACCUGUUGGCAAUCCAGCAGGUGAUAACACACAAUAACCUCUCUUCUAGCAUCUCUGUAUGUUUAUAAGGUUUGUUGAUUUUACUAUAAUUUUUAUGUAUUAAUUUAUAUUUGCUUAGAAUAUAGUCCAGUAUAAUAUUUCAAUGAUACAUUGGGAUUGUACAGUAUUUACUCAUAAUUUAUGCCUCUUUGUGCCUUCUGCUCAGUCUAAAUUUUUAUUUUUAUUUUUUUACAAUCUGGUUCAAUUCAUUUUCCUUUCAUUUAAUCUAGUCUUUUUAAACAUACUUUCUAAUAUGAAUGCAUUUAAUAUAUAUUAGACUAUGAAGAUCUUUGUAAAUAUGUAAAUUUUCAUUUUCACCAAAAUUGAGUAUGAAUUGACUGAAGCCUUGAUUUAACAAACUACUCAGUGGUGAGGCUCAACGGAAAAUACCAAUGCAACAUAUGCGCAUGAGGCAGUCUAGAAAGAAUUCUGUAUUUCAUGAGGAUCCGUACUUAAUAAAAGAUGUGGCUUUAAUGCAGUGCUGAAA